CCUUCCUUCUGACGCGAUAAUAAGCAGCAAAGGUUUAAAAACGAACCGAGCGUGUCCUGAAGGCGGCAGCGCACACCAGCGAGUGUACCGGAAGCAAUAGCUGACAGCUGCGGCCGGGACCCGCGGGCAAGCAUACGUCAUAGUCGCUCUGCACUCCUGCCCUGCCCAAACCAAUAUAGCGCAGCCUCAGGCCCGGGAGGAAUCACUUCACAGACGCUCGAACUACUUUCACAGACUGUGAGAAAACAGAACGUUAGCGCUGUCCGACCCGCCGCUUGCACCAGCAAGCCCGACUGGCCCCCUGGUUUAAUUUGGCAACAAGCCAAACACCUUCAACGAGCCCGAGCUAAGCCAGCAGCCCUCAAACUCAACUCACCUGAAUUGCUGCUCCACAUAAAGAUGCAGCCACGGCAUCCGGAGCAGCCCGGCGGCCACGCCGGGCCUUGUGGUGGUGCAGCCGCCCCCGCUGCCCCCGCUGCCGCCUCCGUCCACGCCACCCCUGCCUCCAAACCUGCCUCUGCUCCUGCCCACACGCUGGUGCUGAUCCGGCACGGCCAGUCUGCCUGGAACCUGAGCAACCGCUUCACAGGCUGGACGGACGUGGACCUCACACCCGAGGGCGAGCGGCAGGCCCUGGCUGCGGGCCGGCUGCUGGCCGCGCACCACUUCCGCUUCGACCUGGUGUUCACCAGCGUGCUGCGGCGGGCGGUCAAGAGCUGGCGUCUGAACGAGCGGCACUACGGCGCCCUGCAGGGGCUGAACAAGGCGGAGACGGCGGCCAAACACGGCGAGGAGCAGGUGCACAUCUGGCGCCGCAGCUACGACACACGUCCGCCGCCCCUGGAGCCGAACGACCCGCGCCACCCCCGGUUCGAUGUGCGGUACGGCGACCUGGCGGAUGAGGACCUGCCCGCCACUGAGAGCCUCAAGGACUGUGUGGCUCGCAGCCUGCCCUUCUGGCACAGCGACAUCGCGGCCGCGGUGUGUCGCGGCCGGCGGGUGCUGGUGGCGGCACACGGCAACAGCCUGCGCGGCAUUGUCAAGCACCUGGACCGCAUCAGCGACCAGGACAUCGUGCAGCUGGAGAUCCCCGUGGGUUGCCCGCUGGUGUACGAGCUGGACGAGCACCUGACGCCGCUGCGGCACUACUACCUGGGCCACGAGCUGCUGGCAUCGCCGGCGCUGGACGUGAUGGCGCUGCCGGACGGGCUGGGCGUGCUGGACGGGCUGGGCGCGGUGGCCGUGAUGAAGGUGGAGACGCGCAAGGACGCCUCGCUGCAGUGCCUGCUCCGGGCUCUGGUGGACGGCGGCGCCACCAGCCCUGACCACGUGCACGACGCCGCCACCGCCGCCGCCCUGGCCGGAGACCUGGCGCAGGCGGAGGAGCUGCUGCUGCGCGGUGGCCUGGCGGCAGCACAGUUCGUGUUCACCUCGCUCAGCCUUGACGGCGGUGGCAGUGGUGGCGGCGGCCAGGAGGCGGCGGCGAUUGAGGCGCUGAUCGCGCCGCCGCCCGCUGGCCCCGCGGACGAGGACGGCGCGGCAGCGGCGGCAGCAGUCGUGGGAGGAGGCCGGGGUACGGGCGGGGAGGAGGGUACGGGCGUGCGCGCGGCGCUGAAGCAGCCAGGCGGCGAGUCUCGGCGGCUACUGGUGGCGCUGCGGCGGCUGGCUCCGCUGAUGGAUGCGGACCGGCACGUGGUGGUGGUCAUGCUGCAUGGGGACGGCCUGACAGCAGCCAGCGGCACCGCUACUGCUGCUCUUGCUGCUACAGCUGCUGCUGGUGAUGCGGCGGGAGCUGGUGGCGGCGCGGUGGAGCCGGCGGCGGGCAAAGGGGCGGACGAGGGCGGGAGCGUGCUGGCGGCGCCGCGCCUGGUGGAGGGCGUAUGCGCCGAGGCCUGCGCGGUGCUGGGUGUGGACAAGAAGCUGCUGGUGGCGCUGCCGGCAGACAGGCGGGCCGCGGGGGCGCAGCAGGCCACGGGCGGCAGCGCUUGCGUCACCGCUGUGGGGCUGGGGACCAGUGGCAGCGGCAGCGGCGAUGGAGAGGAAGGGCAGGGGGAGGGGCGGCAGCAGCAGGGCGCGGCGUGGGAUGCAUGGCGGGCGGGCGGCCGUGUGUGGGGCGCGGGUACGGCGGUGAUGGAGGAGGCGGUGCUUGUGGCACAGGCGCUGUGCUGCGCCACCGGGGCGCUGUGGACGGCGCAAGCCGUUAACAUCUAGGUCAGGCAGGCGGUGGCCGUGGGCGUGGGGCUCAGGAGGAGUGUCCCAAAAAGCAUAAGACAUUGGCACAUUGCUGAAGGCACGUCUCCAAAGGUAGUCAGCACGGCAUAGGUCGCACAGUAUACGCUGGGUAUGGCGUUGGAUGGCUCCAACCACAGAUAGUAUCUUUUUUUAGGACGCAUAAAAGCUCACACUUACAUUUCAAGGCACGUAUCAAGGCACCGAGAAUGCGCAACGGUGUAAGAGCGAAUCGAG